CAUUAUGAUGAUCAAGCUGGAGCAUGACAAUGCGCGCCGUGUGUGUCUGACGUAGGCUGGCGGAGGAGAAAAACACAGACAACCCUCCAACCCUGAGAGAUAGAGAGAGGGGGGGAGAAAGAAAUAUAUAUAUGUGUAUAUAAGAGGAGGUAUAGCGGGUGGUUGUUUUCAGCGGUGCUCCACACACAGAUGGAGGUAGGGCUGAGGAUGCACAAUAGAGCAUCUCACACACCGUGUUUAAUUGCGGAUUAGAGGAGGAGGAGGAGGUGGUUGAGGAGGAGGGGGGAGCACAACAAGGAAGGCAAAGGAGACGCUCUUUAUUAUUGGGAGAAAAGCGGAGGGGGGAGACAGAGACAGCGUGUGCCCGGAGACGGUACAGACCGUGGCGGGGGGGACGGGAGAGAGGAGCACACCGACACCGACAGUCGGCAGCGUCGCUCGGAUGGUGUUGUUGUUGCUCCGGACGCGGCGACGAUGCGGCCACACUGCUGGGUGAUGGUAGCGCUGGCGGGGAUCAUGUCGUACUUCAGCCCGGAGAGAGCCCUCGGGGCCCCGCAGAGGGAAGUUUCUCAGUCCAGGGCUGCGUCCCUCUCUCCUCCACCCUACGUCGUCAUCCUCAUCUCUUGCUCGGGGCUCGUCUCUUUUGUUCUGCUGCUCCUGACCUGCCUGUGCUGUAAGAGAGGAGGAGUGGGGUUCAAUGUAAGUCUUCAACAUGAGUUCGACAAUGCAGACGGGGAGGAGUGCUCUGGAGGCUCCAGUCCCAUCCAGGAGGACAGCCUGUCGUCAUGUCCCUCCCUCCCUGAGGUUUACACCUUGCCAGUCAGAGACAGGCCCAACUGCCCCGCCCUGCAGGAUGGAGCAGACUCCAAGUCUCAGUGCUUCAAAAGACACGCUUUAAACUACCUUCAGGAGAUUGGAAAUGGCUGGUUCGGAAAGGUGAUCCUGGCUGAAGUGCUGUGUGACUGCAGCUCCUCUCAAGCCGUGGUGAAGGAGCUGCGUGUCAGUGCCAGCCCUCUGGAGCAGAGGAAGUUUUUGGCUGAAUCUGAGCCAUACAGGAGCCUUAAACAUCCCAACAUCCUUCAGUGUUUGGGGCAGUGCAGUGAGAGCAUCCCCUUCCUCCUGGUGAUGGAGUUCUGUCAACUGGGUGACCUGAAGAGAUAUCUGAGAGCCCAGCGGAAGUCAGACGGGAUGACCCCUGACCUGCCGACUAGGGACCUCUUGACUUUGCAGAGGAUGGCUUUUGAGAUCACCUCCGGUCUGCUGCACCUCCAUGAAAACAACUACAUCCACAGUGAUCUGGCGCUAAGAAACUGCCUGCUGACCUCAGACCUCACUGUGAGGAUAGGCGACUAUGGCCUUUCACACAACCAUUAUAAGGAGGAUUAUUACCUAACUCCAGACAAGCUGUGGAUCCCUCUACGCUGGAUUGCUCCUGAGCUCCUGGAGGAGUACAGAGGAUCUCUUAUAGUUACAGACCAAACCAAGACCAGCAAUGUGUGGUCCUUGGGGGUGGUUAUAUGGGAGCUGUUUGAGUUUGGCUCUCAGCCUCACAGACACCUGAGCGACGAAGAGGUGCUGACCUUUGUCAUUAGGGAGAGACAGAUCACGCUGGCCCAGCCCAGACUCAAACUCUCCCAUGCAGACUACUGGUAUGAGAUCAUGCAGUCCUGCUGGCUACCUCCAUCGCAACGCCCUUCUGUAGCGGAGAUAUUCCUCCUCCUCUCCUCGCUCCUGGCUGCCGAGCGAGGAAUGACGAGGGGGAGUGUCGGGGAAGAAGAUGAAGAGGAUGAGGAAUAUGAGGAGGGCAGAGGAAGGAGAGGGGAGAGCGAGGAGUCGUUUGAAAGACGCUGGGACUUACUCCGUCCCCCUGCCUUCCAGACUGCAGCAAACGAGCGGCAAAGGGAGAGAGACUACGGCAGGGAAGACAGAGACAACUCCUACCCGCUACUGGACCCUGUGGGGAACUGUAUCACGCCGUCCUCGUCUGAACUGGAUGACAUCCUGACAGUUACUGAAACUAGCAAAGGCUUGAACUUUGAGUAUUUUUGGGAAAAGGCCCAUGCCAGACGAGGCUACAAACCUCUUCCACCUCCUCAGCCAAUCCCGACUGUGAACAAUAACCACAGACAGUCUUUGGACACUCCCACUGUGGUCCCAGUGAUAAGCGCCCGGAGUCCGUCCCUCGCCAGCGAGUACUACAUCAGAUUAGAGGAGCACACUCCCCAGGACAAGUCGCCAACUCUUAAAGGGAAGACCCAUGCCUCUUUCCGCUCUGACUCGAUUUCGGCUGGAGACAUGGAGCUGGUGGAGAUUCGCAGUGGAAUGCUGGGAAAAGAGCGAGUCCCUUAUUGUUCUUCUGACAAGUGUGGAAAGGGCCUCCAGACUGUGAGAUCAAGCGAGGUUCAACUCCAGGUGCCUAACACAGGUGUGGCUGAAUUCAGAGACACUUCGAGCAGAGUGACUGACUUCUCAGUCGUCGAUUUAGGGGACGAUGAUGAAGAGGAGAGGAAAAAGAGCAGCGAGGCAGAUAAAAAAUCGUCCACGAGUUCUCAAGCCCCGGUCCUUCCUCCUAAGCCUCGCUCUAUGUCCAUGUCAUCAGCCAACCACCUUCACUCACGCCCACUCCCUGCCCCUCCGCUCGGAUAUAGAGGACUGCCUCACUACAGCAUCACUGGAAAAAUCGAAACAGAUCCCCAUCACAUGAGCAGCUGCCCACCUUCUACCUUCGAUCACCUGGGGCUCCAUCGGGCCAGACAGACUCUACCCCCAUCACCGUCCCUUUCCCCCUCCCUCCCCCCAUCGAGCCAUCCGAUUUACCCCCAGCCUCCUCAGAUGUGUCCUCCACCUCUCCCUCCCCACUCCAAACCCCAAAGAACCUGCCCCAGUUACAACACAGCAGACAGUUAUUCAAGAUACAAUAAGCCGCAGAUACAGAGAUCCAAUAAAGACCCACUAUCCUGUGACUUGUCUGAGAGAGAGGGUGGUACCAGGCACUCAUUACACAACUCCAGGGAGACUUCUCAUUCUCGUGCAAAAGACUUUGACUCUCCCAUACGUCGAGAAAACCCUUUGCGUCCUAUUUAUCGCAAUUUACCCCGCCCUCAGCCCACAAACCCCCAAAUUGACAGACAGUCUUCAUCCAGUCCCACCUACUCGGAUGAGGAUGACUCUCCAUUCAUGUCCCCUGAAAGACCCAGCGGUGGGACUACUGUCACUCACUCCAGCCUAUCUGAAGAUGCAGACCCGGGCUGUGCAGAACUCUUCUCCAGGGGGAUGAAAAGGACUCAGUCACGCCUUGACACCAUCCUACCUAACAUUUGGAAGGAGGAUGCUGAACUUCAGGCAGAACGUGUGGCCGCUGCCAAGAAAUCCCCCAUGCAUCUGUUUUUGACAGAAAUAUCUAGCGUGACAGAGUCUAGUGAGUCCAAGUCAGAGGCUUCAUGGGAGGAUGAGGAGAAGGAGGAAAAAAGAGAUGGAGAGAGAUGGGGCAACUUUUUACAGCCUAACAGAGGGAUGCGACGCUCCCAGUCGCUGAUCACGGAGCUGGGGUCAUGGGGGCCAGAGAAAUGCAACAGCAGAUCGGGAGCCACGGAGGACAUUACGAUCACUAAAGAAUCAUUCCAGAGGGAUCUUUUCCUGACAGAAAUCGACACAGGAAGGAUGGACACAGACGUACAGGGAGGAUUAGAAGGCGAUCCAGUAAAAUACCUCUAUCCUGCAGGAUCCAGAUUGCGACCCUACGUCUGUGCUCCAGGUCUUCCCUCUUACACUGAAGCUGAGGAAGCCUAUUCAAAGGGUAUACGGAGAUCCCGCUCUCUCCUUUCUGAGAUCACCAUCGGGAAGCAGGAGUCUGAACAGCAGCAGACUGAGAAGGGGCCUCGGAGAACAGAAAUGACCAGAGAGGAGUUCCUGAAGGAGAUCCAAUCAGCGGAGACCUUCCUGACUGAAAUCAUAUCAAGACAAAACGCCGCCACAAACAAAAAGAAAACAGACUCGUCUUACUCCCCUACUCCACUGUCUCCUGAAUAUGAGUCCAUAUGCAUUGACCCAAACUCCGCUCAGACCAUCAGAUUUCAGUCAGAGAUCUCCAUGCGAGCAAAAGGUAAAGAUGACCCACAAACUGAGGCCAUCUACGCCCAAGUGACCAAGCGUGCUAAAAAGAGCGAGAUAAAGAUUUCGAUGAGACCUGAGAUCCCAAUCCUUCACAUAGGAUCCAAUAAACAGCCUCUCAAGGCGGACAGUCAAGAAAGCAAUGCUGACCACUGCCAAUCUGGUGAGUUUGUGUUUUCAGAAAUCAUGCCCAAGAACGGUCUUCUGCAUAACCAAACACUUUCAUGUCAGAAAGAAGCGGAGGAGUGUUCAGACGGCCCUGCCUUACCUGCCAGAGGAGAGCAAACAGAUCUCUUAGAGCACCCUCCUCCUGAGCUCACGGAAAGUGUUAACGAAUCCAACACUGUGCUACUGCGUGAGAACAAAUCACUAAUUACAAAUGAAACAGAUAGUCAGAAGGCUGCUAUUAUAGGAAAUGGGGAGAUAAUGAAAGAUAAGCUACAGGCCAGCAGCCCCGAGAGAGGAGAUCAAACAUGUGGGAAGACUGAUAUCACAUCACAUGAUCCUGACUGCAGCGAUAAAGUUUCUGCAGUAGACUCUGAACUCAUCGCAGCAGAUUUGGGUUCUCAAAAUGAUGAAAAUUUACCUCAGCACAACGACACCGAUGAAGAAAAGCACUGUCACAUUGCUCAAAAGGCACCCACUCCCGCUGGCACUCCAACCACUCCAGACUGGGACCCGUCCACUGAUGUCUCACUCAUCACCCCUACUGACUCAGUCCUGUCACCUAUGACUUCCAACUCAGCCGACUGCCUCACACCUAGUGACUCAUGGAUGAGCAGCGGAGGAGGAGGAGGAGUUGGAAAUGGUGGGUGGCGAGCUCUGGGAAAUGAAACGCCACAUCGAGACUCUGCCUAUUUCUCAGAUAGUGACUGGGAGGGGGACGGGUUAAACAGGAGGAGCAGUGAUGGACUUAUCACCCCCAGGCCGAGUAGUGCUCGUGGCGGGGAUCGAGGGACGUUGACAGGGAUAGAGGAAAAAACUGAGGAGGAGGGAGAGAUGGGAGAAAAGAGCCCCUUAAAGAACAGUAUACAGAUGUCAGAGAAGACGACGAUUGAAAGUGUCCUAGGUUCAAAUGAUCCAGAAAAUGCCGUCUCUCAUUUAGGUGAUGACAAAGAUAAACUAAACAAAGGGCUGGAGUCAACACAGAGAGACGAUUCUGGCAUUUUCCCAAUCGAGAAUAAAAAGUCCACAAUGCAGUGUGAUGAUCCUCAGGCCAUGGACUGUGUUGACUUAAUUGAUACGUUGUUCUCAAAAUUAGAUGAUGAGUCACUGAAAGGGCUCCCACACAGCGGUGGGUAUCCGAUAGACAACCACUUCACAGGGGGCAUCAUUGCUCAGAUAACAGACUCUGCAGAGAACGAUUUAAAUCUACAUUCCAAGACCAUCGCUGAGGCAAACGUUUUGAUCGAGUCUGUAUCUGACAGCCAGUCCAAGGAUUGUGUGUUAAGGCCCAACAACAAUGAUUACACAAGUGCUACAGAGAUGGAUAUUGAUCUCACUGCACUGAACUCCCUCAAAUGUGGAAAUGACACUGAAGAUUCUGUACCACCAACACAAUCUGACAACAGAGAGUCGAGAUUAUCGAAGUUGUAUGGCAUUCAAACCACUGAUGCCACGCUUAGCGAUGAACCCCUGUCAGUAGUGGAGCCAAGUGAUGAUGGCAAGUCUGUCUAUGAUAAAGUGAGUGGUCUGAUGUGUCCCUCUUGGGCCGAGGCAGGUGUUGAAGAGGCUGAGGGACAUGAAGAGAGGCCUGGUCUAGAUCACAACGAGCUGGGCUUAAGAAACCUGCGCUGCUUAGACGGCAGCGAGGACAAGAAGGUCACAACAGAGACGGAGAAACAGCUGGCUGCCGCAGAGCUGAGUAAUGCCAUGAAGGAAAAGUCACCCCUGAGAGGAACUGCAAGUCGGAUGGACUCUCCUAACAAUGCGGAUAGAGACUCCUGCGAGGGCCUGGAUGUGAAAACGAAAGAGUUAUGGAGCGCCAUGGAGGAGGAUGAAGAACGUACAGGAUCCGGUGUGGUUAGGGGAGAGUUUGACUGCCACCGUUUUUCACAGUCAGGAGGGGAUUUACGCUUGUGGCCUGAUGAAAAUGACCAGUGGGCCUCUCCAGAAAGAAGGUGCCAAGACACUGAACUAAGAUCUGAAUUUUUCUCUGGGUUCAGUAAUAAGGCCUGGGAGGUUGGGGAGAGGCUCGUCGUGGGUCAGGAAUUUUGGGAGACUGAAGAAAACGAUGAACUUGCAGGAAGCGAACCUCACCCUGCCGUCUUGGAGGGCUGUGAAGAAACCUGGAACGAUGAAAUGCAAGGAUUCACCGUGAAAGAAAAGUGGGCCUCUAAAGAUGGUGAUGACCAAGAGACUGUCCAAGUGGUGGAUAUACAACAGGAAGAAAACAUUGAGAACAUCGAAGAAAUUGGCAGCUUUAACAAAGACCUGAAGAGAGAAAUCUCAGACAUUGAAGUAGAGAAUAUAGAAAUCCCGGAGCAGGAGACCUUGGAGCAAGGAGAUAGUUCGUCAUGCGCAGAGACAGUUAGAGACGGGGAAGGUCUGCUAGACUCCACAGGGACAGAGGAGAAUCAAAAUUUUAACAGAUGGCCCCAGAAUCACCUCUGUGAGAUCCAAAAAGAGGAGCAGACAUCAGCUGAGCUUGUUGACAAAGAAACAAGCUCGAAUUUAGAGUUCAGUCACGCUUUAGAGAAUAAAAUCUCAAAUAUAUCCAUCUGCAUCACUGAAGCUCCUCACAUAAACUUUGCAGACCUGGAAAAUGUUGAGUCAGGCUUAGAGUCAGAGGCUGAAAUGAGACCAUGGCAAUACAUAGAAGAGGGAGUGAGCAUCAUGAACGUAGAAGAAGAUUACAGAGACACAUCUCUUCCAUCCGAAUCCAUCUCUUGCCCCAAUGACCUUGAUGUACAGGAGGAGAUAGAUCAGUCAUAUCCACAGGUAGACAAUUUCAGCUCGGUAGAUUUCCCCAGCCCUCCACCAAGCAUAGACCUUGAUGUGCAAGAUGAUAAAUUGGAGAGUUUAGACGACUCUUUUCCUAGUCCACCACCAUCUGUUAUAGAGGCAGAGGAGUUUAUUAGUCACAUUAAUCUAGAGGACUUUAUUACUAGCACCGAGACAGAGACGUAUAUUUCCCCAACUCACAACACAGAUGUCUCAGAGCCACCUGCUACAACUCAGAGUAUAGGGAUCUCAGCCAACCUGAACCUCCCCUCUGUGCAUGUAACACUGGCCGAUGAGAGCAACCUUACACCCGACAUAGAAAAGCAGGACGAACAUAAUAAUCUGUUCCAGAAAACAUCAUCUGCAAACUCAUCCUCUCCACAAGUUCCCCUCAACAAUCUCCCAGAACUGCUGAUUUCUGAGUGGAAAGAUUUGGAUGAGGAGCCUCUGGAGGAUUUUGAAAAACUCGAACAGUUGUGUUGUAUAUCUGGGGAUGAGGAGGACUCUCUGGGUGACCUUUUUCUGGGAAACCUGGAACUCCUGGAGUCUUUGAAGAAAACACCCGAUCAGAAAAGCAGCAUUGUUAGUGAUAGUAAUACAUGUGAGGAGAUGUGUGGCUCCACUCCACUCACUGAGGGGAGCAGGGUGGAUUUGAAGGAGGACGGGAUCUCUGAUAACUCUGAUGAGCUGGCAGAGUCUGCACCACAUGUGAUCCUGGAUGCUCAGGACAAAUUGUCACCUCAGGAGGAGAGGAAUGACAGCCAGAGAUCCCUAAACCAAACAUCUGAAGUCAAAGACCAGGGAUCUCUCUCCAAGAUGACAACAAAGAAUGGCCUCAUGAUGCAGGUGUGUGAGGAGAGGUUGCAGUUCUCCCUCUGUGAAAAUGUGAAAACAAAUGUGCUUUGGGGGUCGAGUGUUAAAGACACAGUGAUGCUUCGGCCCUGGGGAGAACAAAUCACAGAGAACAGCGCUGAGCUGGUCACUGUGAAAGAGCAAAAAGAGGAUGAAAGCAACGAGGAGCAGGAAACUUCGCCCAGUAUUCAGCCGCACAUCGAGUCCGAUGAAACUAAAGCUGAGCCGCUCACUGUGAUUGAACAACCUGAGGUCGCCAUGCCACAGCCUACUGCAAACCAGGCAAUGAAAGCAAAACUAGCUCGUCUGUCCCUCGCCCUUCCUCCUCUUGCUCUGACUCUUCCCCUCACGCCCACCGGUAAAGGAGGAUUUGGAGACGGUGCGCUUGGAAAUCGGAUCGGAAGACGGAGAGGUCUUUCCUCUGGAAGCGACCCUGACGAUGAGGAGGAGGAUGAGCAGGAGGAUGAAAGUUCCCGGAGAGUGAUUGUUGUCACAGAAACAGACGUGGACAAACGUGUCGGGCUGAGGAGUCUGCUGAAAUCACCCAAGGAGCCGAUGGACCGAGAGAAGGACAGAGGACGAAAUGUGUCCUUUUUUGAUGAUGUCACGAUCUAUCUUUUUGAUCAGGAAACUCCAACUAAUGAGCUGAGCACUUCAUCGCCCACCACUCCAGCUCCAGUGGCUGUCAAAAGCACCAAGUUGGAUUUGCGUGGGCCAAACAUCAAGAGCAAAGAAUCAAAAAGGAAAGAGGAUUUAUCAAUCAAACCAAGGUCACCUGUGGGGGCCAAUCCAGUGACAUCAUCACGCUUCACUGUCAGUCCUGCCAACGACCCCCACUUGGUGUGAAGUUAUGUAUGUCAGCGUGGGAACCUUUAGGGCUGAACCCUCUUGGACUGGCCCAUGAAUUAACCCCAACAACCAGCCAUUCACCCAGAGGCUAUUUUUUUAUUGAAUAGGCAACUGAAAGAAUGAGACUCCCGUUCGAAAAGCUGGACACAUUCCAGGUUUUACCAGCGACAGGAUUUUGUAUGACAGGGGUUGUUGUUGCUCCUGCCUGCCACUAUUUACAGAGUUUAUUCAUAGCCCUUCGGCUACAAAAGUCUUUGGAAAAGGCAGCAUAUGCUAGGAGAAGAGGAACCUGGAGCUUUGUAAAAUCUGAAACAGAUUUGACAGCUAUGCAGUGGGAGUCUUGCUGUGUACCAGCUUCUCUUUUCCUGCUUCAUUUUGUUGUAUUAUUCCCCACGGAUGUGCGAUGGGAAUACUCUUUCUUUAGUCAUUCAUCUGUCUAUGUAAAUGCUUGGAUUCAAGUCCUCUCUUUAUUAAAGACGUUUUUCAUCGCAGUCAGUCAGUUGUUCUUGUAGGCAGCAGUUUGGAACAGAAAUCGCUUGACUCCUGUAUUUGAGAAUACUCAUUUGCAUUUGUACAAAUAUCAUAAUACAAGUGUAUACAAUAUCAUUUUAGAGCUGUUUACUUUUAGAUGUAUUCUUAGACUGCACGAAAAAUGAAACAAGCUAUGCUUCUUUAUACUUUUAGU